AUGGAAAAAUUAACAGACAUACAAAAAGGAAUAGCAGAAAAACGUCCGGCAAGUAUGAAAUUAAAAAAAGAAAAAAAGAUUAAAAAGCAUUCUGUCGAAGAGGGUUCUGAAACUACCAUCGAACAAACUUCUUCGGUUCUAAUAGGAUAUAUAGUUAGUUAUAAGUCAUUCAGUUCAUGUAUGGCACACGCACAACUGCAACAACUACAAAAACACGAUACUGUGAGCCGAAGAGAAGAUACGGAGGGAAUGUUAGAUGAAAUUUCAAGGGAUCAGUCUCAAGAAAGUGUCUUUACAGAUCCUUAUAACGCUGAGGAUGGUAAGAAAAAUUAA